AUGCUAUACGAUUAUACCAUCGCUUUUAUGGAGUUCGACGAGCUGCAACCAUUUGAGAAGCAAGCGGUCUAUCGGUACGUCUGUGGUGUGGAUAACCUGCUCAACUCAGCAUAUUUCACUUGCUGCCUUGCCUAUGAAGAGAAGCUGAUGGUUUUGAACUCGUGUGAAUACCUCUGCGUUGACCCCAUGCCAAUGACUGGCGAUGAGCCAUGGGCACAGCAUUUGUUCACUAAUAGCGAAGACUUGGAUAGAUAUAAAUCAAUAAUACCACGAAAAGCGGCACUGUGGCAAAGUUUGGUAGUUCCAUUUCAUGAUCUCAAUCUUCAGUUUGAUGAGUUUUGUCUACUGAAGGCACUUGUUUGUUGGCACAUCAAAAGAGACGGCAAUCACUCCUUAUUACUUAUCUACGUAGACUUAUCUACAUCAGGAUACUAA